AUGGCAUCGUCUUCAUCGAAUGUAGUGGGUGUCCACUACCGUGUGGGAAAGAAAAUUGGCGAGGGCUCCUUCGGUGUUAUCUUCGAGGGCACCAACCUUCUGAACAACCAGCAGGUUGCUAUCAAAUUCGAACCCCGGAAGAGCGAUGCUCCUCAACUUCGUGAUGAGUACAGGACGUACAAGAUCUUGGUCGGAUGUCCCGGUAUUCCCAAUGUCUAUUACUUUGGACAGGAGGGGUUGCACAACAUCCUCGUGAUUGACCUCCUCGGCCCCAGUCUCGAGGAUCUUUUCGACCAUUGCAACCGUCGCUUCUCCACCAAGACUGUCGUUAUGGUUGCCAAGCAGAUGCUGUCCCGUGUUCAAACCAUUCAUGAGAAGAACUUAAUCUACCGUGAUAUCAAGCCUGAUAACUUCCUUAUUGGCCGGCCUUCGUCCAAGGCUGCCAACGUCAUCCACGUCGUUGAUUUCGGUAUGGCAAAGCAGUACCGCGACCCCAAGACCAAGCAGCACAUUCCCUACCGGGAGCGCAAGUCCUUGUCUGGCACCGCUCGUUACAUGAGUAUCAACACCCAUUUGGGUCGUGAACAAUCACGAAGGGAUGAUCUGGAGGCAUUGGGUCACGUUUUCAUGUACUUCUUGCGUGGUGGACUCCCUUGGCAAGGACUCAAGGCCGCGACCAACAAGCAAAAGUACGAAAAGAUUGGCGAGAAGAAACAGACCACCGCCAUCAAGGACCUCUGUGAAGGAUAUCCCGAGGAAUUCAACAAGUAUCUGACCUACGUCCGCAACCUGGGCUUCGAGGACACCCCUGACUACGAUUACCUCCGUGAUCUUUUGACUCAAUCCCUCAAGAAUGCUGGAGAAGUUGAGGAUGGCGAGUACGACUGGAUGAAGCUCAACAACGGCCGUGGGUGGGACUACAAGUCUUAUUCGUCCCAGGCCCAUCUCCAGAACCAGCACCAGAGCUCAUCGGGGCGCGAAGUGCACGGGAGAGAGCACCGCAACAGCCAGCGCCCGGGAGUGACUGCCGAUCGUUUAAACGCGGCGCAGCCGCCUCCUCCAUCUCCAGCCAAGGGGGGAGCAGGCAAAUCCCGCGACCGGCCAAGCGGCUCCGGAUUGCCUCCCAAACGCCAGAGCGGUAACCUGGAGACAGGAACACCGGCGGGCUCGACCCAGGCUCAGUUCCAAAACUCCAAUGCUCACCUUCCUGGACGUAUUGGAAGCCCUGGAAACCAGGGCGGGCAACAGGGUGGCCAGCCCGGGAACAACGAUGCUCAACCCACCUUCGUGCAGAAGAUUAUGAAGGCUCUGUGCUGCGGUAGGUGA